AUGGGCAAAGUGAGGGUUCUCCCGGAGAGCGACACUCCCCGGAAACUGAGCGAAUUUGUGGUAGUUGACUCCUUGGAGUGCCUCGUCAACUUUGCACGAAGUUCCAAGAGGUUCCGAGGCGCCUUGAGAGACACAUUGGAUGAAGGGAGCGUCUUCGAACAGUUCAAAGACCUUCUGAAAGCAGAGUUUCUCGACAGCCUGUCCGCUUCAAAUGCGCGGAAGAUCCGGCUCCGGCUUUCCAGUCUCGCGGUCUGUCUAGCGUUCUCAUCUGACAUUCAGUCGUGGGCUAUCGACAUGGGCUUGCUCAAAUUGGUAGCGGCAAUCUACGAUGCGUCCCCUCCUCAGGAGGCCUCCAAUCAGAGCCAGCGGCGAAUGGUUCCUGCGUUCCGCUGCAACAUAGUCCUGCUCCGCUUGCUUGUGUCAGAUUCCACUGCGGAAAAGCUCUGCGCGCACAAGGCGCUCUCAAAAUUCCGGCCCCACCGGCGGAAGAUUGACGACGCGGACCCGGAAUGCAACCUUUGGGACUUCUUUGAGAAGAGGCUGCGGGGCGUGACAUUCAAAGCCGAUAGGCCACAAUUUUCUGAUGAGGACUGGAGAUCCGUGGAAGAAGACUGUGGUGGACUCGUCUUGGCCCGUGUCGUUUGCUCGUGGAAGGGGUGCGCGGCCGGCCGCGAGCCCGCCGUCGGAGAAGGGUUUCGCAAGUGCGGGCGCUGCCACGUGGCGCGCUACUGCAGUAAAGAGCACCAGAAGUUGCACUGGACGACCCACAAAGUCCACUGCAAGGACCAUCGGGCAAACGAAGGGACGUUGUAA